AUGGGAUUCUGGUUUUCACAGGGUAUUCAAAAGCGGCUCUUACUUUAUCUACUGCAACAAAUUUCGCUAUUCUCAAAUCUAAAUUUAACAAAUAUUGAUGUUUCUUUAGGUUCCAAAUCAAAAUUCUCAUUUAAAGACGUUGAUCUGUCGGUUUCAGAAAUUGAGAUACCCCACAUCGUCGUAAGAUCUGGGAAGGUUCAGUUUCUGGACCUAGAAUUGACAGUUUCAGGAGGUCUAGAUGUGAAAGGUAAAGGAAUAUCAGUGGAUAUUCAUAUUCCUAAAUGCAGACCAGAUUCUGCUGAUAGUGAUUCGGUAGGUUAUUCAUUUUCUCUUGCGAAGAGUAUGCAUGACCUGGCUAACUCACUUGUCAAUUUAGAGGAAGUACAGCCAACAGGAGAAGCCACUAUUCAAAUCGAUGAUGAUACUUUUGACGGCCUGAAAAAACCUUCUACUUUGGAAAGCGUACGAAAUAAAGUUUUAAAUUCUGCAUUAGGUAAUCUAUCAGUUAUUCUACAAGAUAUCACCAUUAUUGUGCUGGAUGAUGACGAUGAACAAAUACUUCAACAGAAGCUUGACAAGAUACGAUUUACAAGCAAGGAGAACAAUAUUAGAUCAAUUUUGAUCGAAGGAGUCGAAAUUUCGCAUUUUACAGGAAAGGAGCAGCAAAAAUAUGGAGAUGCUCCAAUAUCGGAGGAUAAUCAACUUCGGGACGCUAUGUGCUCAUCAAAAAUCGGCGACGCAUCACUUUAUAUGAGCGCAUUAGAUGUACAAUCUCUAUCAAUUGUGGAAAACGAUAAAACUUCGAAUAAGAAACUAUUAAAUAUAAAUAAAGUCUCAAUUCUCUUCCAGGGAUUAGCCUCAGUAAGCGAUCUGAGCAUCUUAAACCUGGAAAUAGAUGUUGAACAUGUAGAUAUUCAUCUGGAAAAUAUCAUUAAAAUAACCGACACUCUCUUCUUUAAUAUUAUGCAAAUAGUCAUGAAAGAGUUAUCUUCCAAACAAGAUGUCAAGAAUGAGGAUAAAUUUCAACAAGAUGUUACAAAAACCCUUGGCUAUAGGCGAUUUCAAAAGGAGCAAGCCGAUGGAACUUUUAACUUUCUAUCUUUUGUGAGAGUAAACAUCAUUAGUAUUCACAUAGUAUCUGGCAUAGCGUUAUCAUUUGCACAGACGUACAUGAACCAGCUUAGUAACGGUGACUAUAUCGUUAAAAUAAACUCUUUAGGAUCUGGCGGAAAUACUCUAGGCUCCAAAAAGAGUGGACCAGGACCUAUCUUCCAAGCUAAAAUACGGCAAAAUAUUGAAUUAGAGAUAUUGGAUGAAUUAGACAUAAAUUUAAAAAUAUAUGAGAUACCAUUACUUGUCUCCUUCCUUAAACAACUCCAAGGUUUUGUGGCAUCUUUAAGAAACAAAGCACUACCAAAACAGACAAAAAGCAGAAGCCCCUCAAAUAUGGAAACUUCUUUUAAAAGUAAUGACAUAGCCGUUUCAUUAGAGAUGGGUGAUUAUAAGCUUUCUAUCCUGUGCCACCCGUUAUCUUUUAAUUCAAAACAAGGCUUAUUGAAGACAAAAAAAAUAGGGCUUUUGAAGCAUGAUAACAAUAGUUUUAAAGAAAGCUUGAAGUUAAGCGACGUUUCAUUAUCAUUUUAUAAAAAUCCGCAGGAAUUGGGUUCUUUCACCAAAACUUUGGAAGAAUCCAUAGUGUACACCAAUAUACUUGGAAACAUAAAUCAUAUCUCUGUCAAAGAUGAGCUGAAUGAAUUACAAGAUUUAAUAGCUGAUUUAUCAAACCUUCUUAGCUCUGUAGAUAUGUCUCCAGAAAUCACUAAAAAGACUGACAAGCGUCAAAAUUUAAGGAAAAGUGUACAGAUUCUAAAUUCUUCUAGCAUUAUUUAUAAACAUCGUUACACUGCUACUUUGAUACUAGUGGUAAGUACGAUAUCGUGGAAGCUACAAGACACGGGACCAAAUCAAAUGCUAGGGUCAUUUAAGGGGGAAUGUUUACACAAUUCAUUAAUACUUUCAGAAACAGAAAACUCAGUAAUUUUUCAUUCUAGGAACCUUCAGAUGGAUAGAAUUCUUCCAGACAAAACUAAAGAAAACAUCAUUUCGGUAGCAAAGCCCUCUUCUCAACUCAAACCUGUGCUAUAUAUAUCUCUUGAUUACACUUCAUCAACUCAUGAAACAAGAGUUAUUUUCAAUAAUGUAUCAAUACAUUACUACUCCAAAUGGUUAGAUAUAAUUAAGAAAGCUGCCAACCGGCGGACUGAGAUUUAUAAUCCCGGGAACUCGAAGGAGAAUAAUCAAACCACCAAAACUGCGAUCGAUUUGAAGAUAGCAGAGAGUUCUAUCAUCCUGCAUCCAUACAGACUUAAGGCAUGUCUCCUGGUUGCAAUAGAUCAACUUAUUUCGAAAAUUAACUUAGAAGAAUUUAACAUCAGGGGAAUGAUUAAAAGCGGGACUUUACUAUUAAUUGACGAUGUUUCUCAUAUUAAGAAAACACAUAGGGGUCGAACCUCUCUACUAUCUACAUAUUACGUUCACAGAGGUUUUUCGACAGCGGGUAGGAUAGAGUCAGCAUGCUUUAAUCUGAAAAAAAUGGUGAAAUACCUAGAUGUCACGUUACAAAUAAGUUAUAUUGGCCUGUCAGUCUGUGCAGAUGCUUUUCAUACAUUGAUUCAACUAUGCAUUGAUUUAAAAUACCCAGAAACCUUUCCAGACGAAAAGAUGUACAGGGUCGAACCGCGGAAUCCAAUUGACGUCUUUGAGAAUGUUGAUAAAAACUUUUUUGAUAAUCUGAGGUCUCCCGAUGUUGCUAAUUCACCAACAAAUACUAAAAGAUCUAUUAGUAUGGUGGAAAGCUUUCUUAAUGGUCUAACUGCAAGCGGAAGCGAUUAUACUGGUACUCGUGAAAUGGUCAAAGAGGCAAAGGAUUCCUCCAGCUCUCAAGGUAACGCUAGUAUCAAUCUACACGAAGACUACAUAGACCUGAAGAGUGAUCAAAUAGUUGCGCAAGAAGAUAAGCCCUAUUCGUCAUCAGAAGAAAAGCUGAAAGACAUAGCAAUAAAAGUUAACCUUGAUAUUAAGAAAAUUAUUUUGAAAUUAUUCGAUGGAUUUGACUGGAAAUAUACAAGGAGGCUUAUAACAACUACUGUCGAUGAAGUAAGUGAAACUGCAGCCAAUAUGGCUGAAGUAGUUGAAUCAUCACCAGGAGAGGACAAUACCAACCAAAUGUUGGAGACGUCCAUUUUUGAAUCAAUAUACAUUACUGCAGAUAAAAAGGGUAAAGACUCCUUAGAAAAAAAUUUGAAUAAAACAAUACAGGAAGAACUUACAAGCAAUGAUAGACUGAAUCUGUACCCAUCUAAAACAUACAAAGCUUCAAUUAAUGCGGAAAAUUUGAAAGUUCUUUUAUUCAAUCUCAAUACCGACAAUCCUACAGAAGAAGAAUCUGACAAUUCUGUAGAUUUGACAAAUAAAAUUGAGCUCAGUGUCGAAAAAUUUGAAAUUAUGGAUAAUGUCAUGACUUCUACAUGGAAUAAGUUUUUGGCACCAUUAAAAAACGAGUCUUCACUACAGCAUUAUCCAAUGUUGUCAUUAAACUAUGAUAUGGUGAGGCCCAUCGACUAUCUGGCCGCUAUCGAGUCAAUUAUUGAUAUCAAAAUAGCCCCUUUAAGGCUGCAUGUCGACCAAAAUACACUAGAUUUUCUGACCAGAUUUUUUGAGUUUAAAGAUCGGAGAUUUCAGUUGAUUGAUGAAUAUCCGGAACAGAUUUUCAUUCAAAAAUUUUGUAUGAACAGGGUUAAAGUCAAACUCGAUUAUAAACCGAAGAAAGUAGAUUAUAACGGAUUAAAAUCCGGGCAUGCUUCAGAGUUUAUGAAUUUUUUCACACUAGAUGGUUCUACGAUUUUAUUGAAAGAUGUCAAAUUAAUUGGCGUCAAUGGAUUUGAAGAACUGGGUACAAUAUUGAAAAAUAUCUGGACUCCUGAUAUUACAAAAAAACAGCUAGGAGGCGUGAUUGAAGGAAUAUCUCCUAUAAAGACGCUUAUGUCACUGAGUACCGGUAUCAAAUCGUUAGUUACCGUUUUGCUAUCAGAAUAUCAAAAUGACGAUCCUCAUAUAAGGAGGACGCUCAAACAAAAUGGGAAUGUCUUUUUGAGAACUACAGCUGGUGAUUUUAUUAAAUUGAGUACUAAAGUUGUAAAUGGUACACAGACGAUACUGGAAAAUACCGAAGAGCUACUAGGUGGGAAAGGGAUGAGUUUGAGAGCAGAAUACGAUCUGAGUACUAUUGAUAUAGAUAAACUCUUAUGCGAAGAUCAGUUACUUGGAAGAAACAAUCCAAGGGUUGAUGGUAAAGGUCCUACGGCUGUUGUCAUCGAUGCAUCGAAAUCAGAUAGUAAUAACAUGGUACAACCCAAGAUUGUUAGUCUAUACGCGGAUCAACCUUUAGAUAUCCACAAAGGGUUGGAAGAAGCAUAUCAUUCGUUAGAAAAGCACAUGUCAAUCGCUUAUAAUGCCAUCUGGAGGGUUCGUGGAGAUAUCAGAAGGAAUGUUCAGGAGGGCAAAGGAGCGAAAGCUGCAGCUGUAACUGUUGCACGAGCAGCUCCAGUUGCUAUAAUAAGGCCGUUAAUAGGUGCUACGGAAGCUUUAUCUAAGACAUUACAGGGUGUUGUGAAUCAAUUCAAUAAAGAGCAGGCAGAAGAUUUAAAAGAUAAGUACAAGCAUAUAAGAUGA